GCAUGCAGGCGGCCAGACGGGCCGGGGGCGGCACUUCGACAGCCCCAUGUUCCGCGAAAUACACAAAACACCUGGCUCAAGAAGAUAAACAAGGGAUGUGGCGAUUCUAAACGCGCAAAGAAGGAACACGUCUGGGUAGUGUUCUGUGUGCACGAUGACACUGAAGCUUAUCUAGAAACAUAUUUCGAUAAUAAGUCCGCUGUUCUACACAAACCGCUAUGGUAUACAAGUUUAAACGAUGCGCAGCACGUGUCGCCCACAAUCUGCGCCCAGGACCAAGACUAUGAAUUUGUGAUAACGUUGUCUAGUGAAGUCGUUAGAUUAGCAGCGCCAUCAUGGGAAGCCAUGUUGGACUGGGUCGAAAGUUUACGCAUAAAACUAGAAGAGCUAAAGAUUCUAACGCCUAAAGAAAAUCUAUACAGUAAACCGCCUGAAUCGAAAGCUACACCUUUAUUACCCACUCGGGAUCCUACAUCACCUCUUCCGCCGCCUCCAGAGGUUCCACCAGCGUUCCUACCUGGUGUGGAACCUGUUUCAUCCAAUCACAAUGUGAUAAUAGCAAGAAGAGAUAUUUUGCAUAGAACCACAUCAAACUCGUCCAACUCUUCAAGUUCUCGCUCUCCGAACAUAAUGACAAGUGAUUCCGUCUCCUCUGCGACUUCUGCGGAAGAAAACAAUGAAAAUGUCGUCGCGAAUGUGUUUAAUUUCGAGAAUCUCUCAGCGGAGUUACUCGCUGAACAGCAUCACAAUUUAGCGCAGUCUGUUGCUGUGGCUGCCGGUGUCGAUAAUGUCAAUCGCUAUGAGCAAAUUUUUCAACUCUCGCAAUCUCCAGGUCCGUCCAAUCUGCAAUAUAUUACACAGACGCAAUCGCAGUCACAAAGUGGCCGCGCGCGACACAUUAAUCAACAGAUUCAGCAGCUACAAAACGGCCAACCGCCGGAACCGUAUCUCACACUCAGGGAGCAUCAGGUCAUGCAGCUGCAGAAGGAAAUUGAACAUCCGGGGGGCGUUCGAUUGAGGUUACGCAAGAAGGAUUGCACGAAUUGUAUCGCAUUCGUUGAUGCUUUCAAUUCUGUUUGGGUUUGUGGUUUAAAAUUGAAAGAAAACCCAAUGUUAUACAACGUGUUACACAUUGGUGAUCAAUUAUUAACCAUUGAAGGCUGCAAAACGCGUUCCACAGCUGAUGUUCAAAAAAUUCUACGUGCUUCACAAAACCUCCACGUUCAGAUAGUUGUGAAUCGCGUGCCGCGCGGACAAGUUUUCGUUAUCCACCGCGAUGUUGAAGGCCAGCCACUCGGGAUACUUCAAGAGGGCAGCACUGCUGUUAUCGCUGACGUCGUGAAAGAUGGUCUUGCCGCACGACAUGGUUUAACGCCCCGCGCACCAGCUUGUGAGGGAGCGCCCGAUGCUACUACUAACUGGGUGCUCACCGAAAUCAAUGGCCGCCCGCUGAAUCUGUUUUAUAAGGACAACCAAGUGAAGGAUCGACUCAACGCCGUCGGUCGUGAUAUUUCGAUUCUAGUUCAACCGUUAGAUUUAGUCAAGCAGAUCAAGAAGCAGCUGAAGACGCUGAAGAACUAUAAAGACUAUUUGUUGCAUUGACACAUUUUCUUCCAUGAAGGAAUCUAGUUCAGAUGCGUGCUCUGAAUCAUCACAGUUAAUUUUUGUGGAAUGCUCAUUUGCUUGAUUGAAGCAAUUUAAAAAUGGCGACGUCAUAUCAUUCCAGUACAAAGAAAACGACAUUUCGGUGUUAUUUUUAUAAAAAUUCAUGUUUGUGAACGUGAUUCGUAUACACCCACAUACUCGAAUAUGAGUAGAGAAGAGAUAGAUUUCAUUUAGACCUUUUUAUAACAAUAAAUUGUUUCUUUUUGCAUAAAA